AUGCGGCCGGUAAGGCACCUGCUACUGUUGUUCCUCGUCCUGGGAGCGAGCCUCGCCCCGGGCACGCGGUCCGAGUUGGUCAGAUGCUUCGAGGUUUCCGAGAACGCACGGCCAGGCACCAGGGUGGGCUUCAUCGACGCGGAGAACCCUCCGUAUCUGUUAGUUUCGGUCUCAGGAUCAGCGGUGGAUGCCGAUCUUACGGUCGACCAAACGACAGGGGAGAUAAAGACUAAGGUGCCAUUGGAUCGAGAGACAAGGCCUUCUUAUACCUUGGUAUCUCUGCCGCAAAACGUCAAGGUGGUUGUUAAGGUGUUGGACGAGAACGACAAUGCACCUACAUUUCCCGUUGACCGGGUGGACGUUGAAUUCCCCGAGAACUCGCCGAGAGACGCGAAGCGUGCAUUGCCACCGGCGAAAGACCCCGAUCUCGGUCAGUAUUCGACCCAACGUUACGAGAUAGUUUCGGGUAACGACGGCGAGGCGUUUAGAUUGUCGCAGCAUCGCGGUCGCGAUGGCGUACUCUAUCUGGAUCUUCAGAACGGUGGUACGCUGGAUCGUGAAGCUCGUUCGAACUACCGUCUGGUGAUCGAAGCCCUCGACGGGGGCUCGCCUGCCUUACGCUCGAGGCUGCACGUGAACGUGACGGUGCAGGACGUCAACGACAAUCCGCCGAUCUUCAAUCAGACUCGGUACUCUGCGAGCGUGCCGGAGAACGCGACCGUCGGCACACAAUCCGAUCGCGGCGAGAUGUUCCGCAUCGAUCCGGAGACCGGUAUGGUUUACGUGAACAAGGCGUUGGACUUCGAGUCGAAGGAUCGUCACGAGUUGGUGAUCGUAGCAAGAGAUCGAGGCGCGCAACCGCUCGAAGCGAGUGCUUUCCUCUCCGUCCGUGUCACCGACGUCAACGACAAUCAACCGGCCAUCACAGUGAUCUUUCUCUCGGACGACGCCACGCCUAAGAUCAGCGAGAGCGCUCAACCGGGCGAGUUUGUUGCGAGAAUAUCGGUCAGUGAUCCUGACUCCAGGACGGAGUACUCGAACGCGACGGUCACGUUGACCGGUGGCGAAGGACAUUUUGGUUUGGCUACCCGAGAUAAUAUAAUUUACCUAGUAGUCGUUGAGAGACCCCUCGAUCGAGAAGAGAAGCCCGUUUACGAACUUUCGGUCGAAGCUACGGACGCUGGUACACCGCCUUUGAGAGCGGUACGUAAUUUCAAAUUAUUGGUCACCGAUGUCAACGACAAUGCGCCGAAAUUCGAACGUGACACGUACGAGGCGCAUCUACUCGAAGCAUCCGAACCGGGUACAUCGGUUCUUCGUGUUGUCGCCACGGAUUUGGACGAAGGUGCCAAUUCGGCAGUAAGAUAUUCCAUACGUAAUUCCACUUGGUUUGCCAUCGACGAAAUUUCAGGAUUGAUCAGCACGAUCAGUCACGUCGAUUGCGAAGCAGAUCCAGCUCCUAUUCUCAUAGUUGUGGCAACCGAUUCUGGACGUCCACCUUUAAGCAGUAGUGCUACAGUUCGCGUUACGGUUCACGAUCUCAACGACAACGAACCCAUCUUCGAGAAGCCGUUGUACAAUGCCACCGUGCCGGAGGAUAUGCCAGUUGGACGCUGUUUUCUCAAGAUGAUAUUACAAAUAUCCAUAUACAUCGAAAUACUAAUUAAAUCUCGAAAGAGUAUGGAUAGAAUAGAAAACUACAGUUUAACUAUUUCUUUCUGGGAAAACCAUAAUUGGGUAUCCCUAUAA